CUUUAUGAAAUGAAGCUCAUUAUUGGAACCAAAAAAUAAAAAAAUUAAUUAUUCUGACUAAGUAGCCCCAGCCUGUCUGCUCUGUUAGGGGAGCCGUCAGAUUGGGAUUUUUCCUCUCUUCUCUCAUCUCCUCGCCUGAGUUGCAAUAGCGUGACAGAUUCUAGAACUGACGACGAUGGACGUCGGCGAUGAUUAUGAUAGCAGCGAUGAAGAGGAAGAGGAAAGGGUCGCCGAUUUGGAUCUCUCGGCUGCCUGCUCUGAUGGUGAAAUCGCCAGCUCAAGACGUCCCGUCGCUUCUCUGGUCUCCUCGGAUGGAGCUUCAACGGCCGGAUUCGCGAUGACACGGCUUCUCGUGGCGGCGAGAACCAACGACGAUUGAUGUCGGUGACGAUGAUGUUGGUGACGCAGCGGCUUCGGAAGAAUUUUGGGAUCCUUGAAAAAUGCAACAUUUCAACGCUUCAAUUGGAGUCUGGAGAUUUAUCUCUUCUUCUGAAGAAUAAUAAAAGAACGAAAGC